UUUGGCUACGUAAGUCACCUAUUUUUUGACAGCUCAUUUAUGAAGUUCAACUAUAAACAGAUUGCUGUCCUGUCCAGAACAGCUUCUCCAUAACCCAUUCUAUUUCUUCUUGUUCUAGUCAAAUCAACUCGGCUCCCUUUUGUUCCCAGAUUAUUCUUCAUAUUUCCUCCUAGUUUUGGCAUUGCUCAGAAAUUGGAUUCUAUGGAUGACUACAAUAUAAAGUUGGUUGGAUUGGGAGUAGUUUUAUGGGCCACAGUUUUUCUGUUAAUUAGAAAUAUCUUACCAAAACGUUCUUUUGAAUUCUGCAAUCGUCUCGUUUCUACUAUUCACGCCACUUUAGCUGUAACAUUAGCCUUGCUCUCUGUGGAAGAUUGGAGAUGCCCGGUUUGUCCUUUGGCUUCAAAAUCUUCCCCUCGCCAGAUGCAAACAUUAGCUAUAACAGUUGCUUACAUGAUAUAUGAUCUAGUCUGUUGCCUGUUUGACAAGAAAGAUAAUCUUGACAACAUGGUUCAUCAUUUGGUCAGCAUCGUUGGACUUGGAGCAGGCCUUGCAUAUGAAAAGUGCGGAUCAGAGUUGGUAGCUGCAAUAUGGAUAACGGAGAUCUCCAGCCCUUUCCUCCACUUGAGAGAACUUCUCAAAGAGCUCGGUUACAGGGACACUGGCCUUAAUUUCAUAGCCGACCUAUUAUUUGCAGCCAUAUUCUCUUUAGCAAGAAUGGGAUGUGGGCCUUAUCUCACUUUCGUAACUGUAUCAGCCAACAAUCCAGUCGUAAUCAAGGCAAUGGCAGUUGGACUGCAGCUAGUGAGUACUUUUUGGUUCUACAAAAUAGCAAGGAUGGUGAGAUACAAGCUUGCCAAAUGGACAUCCAAAAAAGUUGUUUGAUGGACUCAACCUUGUAUUCCCCCAGAUGUGUUAUUAUUGUAUUUCCCCAAAAUGUGAAAUUGUCAGAGUGCUAAAUUGAGGCUGAACUUCAAUUUCCGGCAACAGAUCUGGGGGACUGAAUUAUAUUUAGAUAAUUGGCAGUAGCAAUAAUUGAUUGAAAAGAAAAUGACAAUCACGUUCGCAAUAACUAUGCCAACUAGUAAACGUUUCUCCAACACUCAUUACAACUGGGCAUAAUUCAUUGCUCUGGACAUGCUUUGCAAAUUGCAAGGGAGUGAAGGGACUAGCCUUCCCAAAGGGUUGCAAAAACACUUUCAAGAGCAAGAAUUAAUCAGUUCAAACUGCCCUGAUAUCACAUCAAUGC